CGGGGCCCGAGGAGGCGAUGGCUGCGGAUCUGGUGGUGCUGCUCUGCCUGGCCGCCGCCGCGGCCGCCGUGGAAGAAACUUUGAUGGAUACGCGGACGGCGACGGCCGAGCUGGGCUGGACCGCCAACCCACCUUCAGGGUGGGAAGAAGUCAGUGGCUACGACGAGAACCUCAACACCAUCCGUACGUACCAGGUGUGCAACGUCUUCGAGCCCAACCAGAACAACUGGCUCCUCACCACCUUCAUCAACCGGCGCGGGGCUCACCGCAUCUACACCGAGAUGCGCUUCACUGUGCGGGACUGCAGCAGCCUCCCCAACGUCCCUGGCUCCUGCAAGGAGACCUUCAACCUCUAUUACUACGAGACAGACUCUGUCAUUGCCACCAAGAAGUCUGCCUUCUGGACGGAGGCGCCCUACCUCAAAGUGGACACCAUUGCUGCUGACGAGAGCUUCUCCCAGGUGGACUUUGGGGGCCGGCUGAUGAAGGUGAACACGGAAGUGAGAAGUUUCGGGCCCCUGACCCGCAAUGGCUUUUACCUGGCUUUCCAGGACUAUGGGGCUUGCAUGUCUCUGCUGUCUGUCAGGGUCUUCUUCAAGAAGUGCCCCAGCGUGGUGCAGAACUUCGCCAUCUUCCCAGAGACGAUGACAGGUGCCGAGAGCACCUCUCUGGUGACGGCACGUGGCACCUGCAUCCCCAAUGCCGAGGAGGUGGACGUCCCCAUCAAGCUGUACUGCAAUGGCGACGGCGAGUGGAUGGUGCCCAUCGGCCGCUGCACCUGCAAGGCUGGCUAUGAGCCCGAGAACAACGUGGCUUGCAAAGCCUGCCCUGCAGGGACAUUCAAGGCCAGCCAGGGUGCGGGGCUGUGCGUGCCGUGCCCCCCGAACAGCCGCUCCACAGCCGAGGCCUCGCCGGUCUGCGCCUGCCGCAAUGGCUACUAUCGGGCAGACUUCGACCCGCCGGCCGCCGCCUGCACCAGUGUCCCAUCCGGCCCCCGCAACGUCAUCUCCAUUGUCAACGAGACGUCCAUCAUCCUGGAGUGGCACCCGCCGCGGGAGACGGGCGGCCGGGACGACGUCACCUACAACAUCGUGUGCAAGAAGUGCCGCUCGGACCGGCGCGCCUGCUCCCGCUGCGACGACAACGUGGACUUCGUCCCCCGCCAGCUGGGGCUCACUGACACCCGUGUCUUCAUCAGCAACCUGUGGGCUCACACCCCCUACACGUUCGAGAUCCAGGCGGUCAAUGGAGUGUCCAACAAGAGCCCCUUCCCACAGCAGCACGUCUCCGUCAACAUCACCACCAACCAGGCUGCCCCCUCCACCGUGCCCAUCAUGCACCAGGUGAGUGCCACCAUGAGGAGCAUCACGCUGUCCUGGCCCCAGCCCGAGCAGCCCAACGGGAUCAUCCUGGACUACGAGAUCCGCUACUACGAGAAGCUGAGCCGCAUCUGCACGCCUGAUGUCGGCAGCACCGUGGGCUCCAGGCCGGCCCCGGACCACAACGAGUACAACUCGUCCAUGGCGCGCAGCCAGACGAACACGGCGCGGCUGGAGGGGCUGCGGCCCGGCAUGGUGUACGUGGUGCAGGUGCGUGCCCGCACCGUGGCCGGCUACGGCAAGUACAGCGGCAAGAUGUGCUUCCAGACCCUCACGGACGACGAUUACAAGUCAGAGCUGAGAGAGCAGCUGCCUUUGAUUGCGGGGUCCGCGGCGGCCGGGGUGGUCUUCAUCGUCUCCCUGGUGGCCAUUUCCAUCGUCUGCAGCAGGAAGCGCGCCUACAGCAAGGAGGCAGUGUACAGUGAUAAACUCCAGCACUACAGCACCGGCAGAGGGUCUCCAGGGAUGAAGAUCUACAUCGACCCCUUCACCUACGAGGACCCCAACGAAGCCGUCCGAGAGUUCGCCAAGGAGAUCGAUGUGUCCUUUGUGAAGAUUGAGGAGGUCAUUGGGGCAGGGGAGUUUGGAGAGGUGUAUAAAGGGCGCCUGAAGUUGCCAGGCAAGCGGGAGAUCUACGUGGCCAUCAAGACUCUCAAGGCUGGGUACUCGGAGAAGCAGCGCCGGGAUUUCCUGAGCGAGGCCAGCAUCAUGGGGCAGUUUGACCACCCCAACAUCAUCCGCCUCGAAGGGGUGGUCACCAAGAGCCGACCGGUCAUGAUCAUCACAGAGUUCAUGGAGAACGGGGCCUUGGACUCCUUCCUGCGGCAAAACGAUGGGCAGUUCACAGUGAUCCAGCUGGUGGGAAUGCUCAGAGGCAUUGCUGCUGGGAUGAAGUACCUGGCAGAGAUGAAUUACGUGCACAGAGAUCUGGCUGCCAGGAACAUCCUGGUCAACAGCAACCUGGUAUGCAAAGUAUCCGACUUUGGCCUCUCGCGCUACCUGCAGGACGAUACGUCUGACCCCACCUACACCAGCUCCUUGGGGGGAAAGAUCCCUGUCAGGUGGACGGCACCGGAGGCCAUCGCCUACCGCAAAUUCACCUCGGCCAGUGACGUCUGGAGCUACGGCAUCGUCAUGUGGGAGGUGAUGUCGUUCGGGGAGAGGCCCUACUGGGACAUGUCCAACCAAGAUGUCAUCAACGCCAUCGAGCAGGACUACCGGCUCCCGCCGCCCAUGGACUGCCCGGCCGCCCUGCACCAGCUGAUGCUGGACUGCUGGCAGAAGGACCGCAACACCCGCCCGCGCUUCACCGAGAUCGUCAACACCCUCGACAAAAUGAUCCGCAACCCGGCAAGCCUCAAAACUGUGGCGACCAUCACCGCUGUGCCUUCUCAGCCCCUCCUCGACCGCUCCAUCCCCGACUUCACUGCCUUUACCUCAGUAGACGACUGGCUGAGUGCUGUGAAGAUGAGCCAGUACCGGGACAGCUUCCUGACCGCUGGCUUCACCUCCCUGCAGCUGGUGGCCCAGAUGACGUCUGAAGACCUCCUGAGAAUAGGGGUGACUUUGGCUGGGCACCAGAAGAAGAUCCUGAACAGCGUCCAGUCCAUGCGAGUACAGAUGAGCCAGUCUCCGACCUCGAUGGCAUGACGUCCCUUGUUCCAUGGGGAGGGGCCGGGGAGGGCGCACAGCGGAGGGCAGAGGUGGGAGGGGAGGAACUGAUGCGGGGCAGCACCGGGAGAGGAGCCGCCGCUGCCUGGGGACUGCGACUGCAGCCAAAGGAUGUUCCUGGGACUCACCUCUGACUGGUGACUUCAGUUCCCCACCAACAGAAGCACACUUACCAAUGUCAUGGGGGACAGCGUAUAAAUACAUAUAAAUAUGUACAAAUCAUAUAUUUAAAAAGCAAAGCAAAACAAAAAAA